AUGAGGCCAAGUCUACAUUGUUCGAUAUACCUAACAUUUCUAUGGAUUCCUGCUUAUUAUGCAAAGGAAACACUUAAAUCUGCCCAAAGUCGGUUCAUACAGGAGCUCAGCCAGUAUACGAAGGAAUUGGAAAGCAAAAUUAAUACCAUCGAGGGCUUUCUGGCUGAAGUGAGUGCCAAGAGACAGCAAUGGAGCCCAGACCCCGAGGCGUAUGUAGCAAAUCCGCUAAACAGUUAUGCGCUUAUACGACGUCUGCAUGAGGAUUGGAGUUUCUUUGAGGCUUACAUGAGCGAAUCAGUGGGCCCUGCUCAAACGGCAAACGUAAAUAAGCUGAUUGAAAUGGAGUCGCCCAAGGUCGAGGAGUUGGAGAAGGCAAUGGAAGCACUUCUAUACCUACAGAGCCACUAUGAUUUGGAUGCGAAGCAGCUGGCUGAAGGAAUGAUCGAUGGCAACAAGUAUAGUGCUCAACUUGGCACUCUCGAUUGCUUUGCACUGGCCGAGUUCUGUCAGCGGAAAUCUCUUCAACAUUUCGCCUUGGCCUGGCAGAGGGCAGCCCUGGAGCAGUUUAACUAUGCUCAACAUGCCGAGCUGUAUGGUGAAGUAUAUCAACUGAGUGUCAGCGAUUUAUAUGGAAUGUAUGCGACGAUGUUGGCUAACAGCGGCUAUAUCAAGGAGGCUUUGGACGUGCUUAACAACGCCGCCGAUUCACACAUUUCACUCUGGCUGCAGCGACGAGCUCUGCAGAAUUUUGGUCAGCAUCUGAAAGCAAACAGUCAGCAAAAGCUCGACAAUUUGACGACAGCACAGCGCGGCUGUCGAGGUCAGUAUCCGGCUGUGAGAAAAUUGUUCUGCUACUAUCGUAAUUCAACUGAACCCUUGCUUAUGCUGGCGCGCUUCAAGGUGGAGUUACUUAGCAUGAAGCCCUAUGUGGCCCUUUAUCAUGAUGUCGUAUAUGAUAAAGAAAUUGAAGAUCUACUCUACAUAAGGCAUGACGGCAUAAAAUAUGAUCGAUUCGAGCAAUAUGCUAGCAAAACAAUACACUUAGAGCUGAAUCGUGCACUCCAUAAUCGCCUUAGGGCAAUGACGGGAACGAAUAUGGACUUUGGCAAAGAUUUCGAACUGCAGUACGAUGGAUUGGCUCUAAAGCCUGAAAAGCAACAGGUAUAUUAUAAGGCAUAUAAAAUAUAUAUCGUUUCCAAUCAAAUCCAAAACUUUUAG